AUGGGUAUUGUUUCUUGGUUGAUAAAGAAUCAAGUUUUGGUUUCAGGGACUAAUGUGUUCUGUCAGGGCAGUAACAAAGUUGUCAAAAGAGGAAGUUUGUUUUCUGAUGCUAUAGUUUGUGAUUGUUGUCAUGUUACCUUUACUAUCACCGGGUUCGAGUCUCAUGCUGGUUGUACAAGACAUAGACCAUCCACUAGUAUCUUGUUGGAAGAUGGAAGAUCGUUGUUGGAUUGUCAAAGGGAAGCUCUGAGUUCGAGUGAUCAUAAAGGGAAUCAUUCUGUUGUCAACGAAAAUCAAAAGAAGAAUCAUUCUAUUGUCAAAGAAAAUCGAAAGAAGAAUCAUUGUGUUGUCAAAGAAAAAUCUGAAGCAAAUAAUGAUAAUGUUUGUUCUAUUUGUGGUUUUGGAGGUGACUUAGCACUAUGUGAUCGAUGCCCUUCUGCAUUCCACCUAGGUUGUUUAGGUCUCAAUCGAGUUCCAAUUGGUGAAUGGUUCUGUCCAACUUGUUGUUGCAAAAUAUGCUAUCGACCCAAAUGCAAACAAGAAUGUAAAGAUCACAAGGAUAACAAUAUUCUUGUUUGUGUUCAAUGUGAGCAAAAAUAUCACUUUGGAUGUGUAAAGGCUGUAGGAAUUGAAUUUAAUCACAUGGAGAAUUGGUUUUGCAGUGUGGUUUGUGGGAACAUGUUCUUAUGUCUAAAGAAGUUGUUAGGAAAACCAAUUAAGGUUGCAGAUAAUUUAACAUGGACAUUGGUGAAGAAUGUGAGUAGUGUUGAUGACAAGGAGUUUAAUCAAAAGGAGAGUAAGUUGAAUAUGGCUCUUGGUGUAUUGUAUGAGGGUUUUAAUCCAACUUUUGAUGCUUUAUCAGGAAGAGAGUUGAUUAAAGAUGUUGUUUUUAGCAGAGAAUCAGAACACAAUCGCUUAAACUUUUGUGGUUUCUAUAAUGUAAUUUUGGAGAAAAUGGGUGAAGUGAUUUCAGUGGCAACUGUAAGGAUUUAUGGUCAAAAGGUUGCAGAGGUAGUUUUCGUGGCCACCAAGGAACAAUAUCGACGACAAGGAAUGUGUCAUUUGUUGAUGGAUGAGAUUGAGAAACAGUUAACUCGCUUAGGAGUUGAGAAAUUACUUCUGCAUUCCUCAGAGGAUGCUAUGAACACUUGGACAAGAUCAUUUGGUUUUGCCAGGAUGGCCAGUAAAGAUAAGUGUCAGUUUAUUGAUCAUACUUUUUUAGAAUUUCAGAAUAGUACCAUGUGUCUCAAAGCACUGAAAACACCUAAAUGGCCUUGCAUUGCUUGA